CUGGUGUUGAGUUUCCUUAUUCUGCCCAACUUUUCUUCUUCCUGGUUGUGAAGCAGGAAGGUUUUUACCAAGUGAGCUUCAUUUGAAGAUGAAGGUAGAACUUGUGGGUCAGAUGUUGUGAACUGAGCAGCAUGGAGAGGGGCAGAGGCAGAAAAGCUGCCGUUCAUCCAACUGAUAUGAACUUCAGCUAUCAGAGGGAAUAUUCAAAACCAACACCAGAAUCUGAUGCAGAAUCUGGCUACAGCAGUCUGUCCUUCCGGAGCAGCAAGUCAAAAGAUCUUGAGGUUGACUUUAGAUCAGACCGACCGUCAGCUGCUGAGAGGCUCUCAGAAGAAUCAGACUCUUCCAAAUCUGAACUCAGCAAUUUGUUCAAGAGUAACAGGUUCAUGAGACACAAAGAAAACAGCUGGAACCUUCCUGGUGAUCGUCUAGUCAGAGAGAGCCCUCUAGGAUCAGAAUGUUCUUCAUCUGAGUUUAGCGAUGUGACUGUUGGGAGCAACAGGUCUAAAGACGCUGACCAUGACUUUAAAAGUCACCCUGAGUGUUUUAGAAAUACAUAUGAGAAGCUCAUACAAAGCCAAAAGGAGGUCAUAAGCCAAAAGGAGGUGCUACGCCAGAAGGAAGAUUUAUUACGUCAGCGGGAAGAUUUAAUACGCCAACAGGAGGCAAUACGCCAGCGGGAAGAUUUAAUACGCCAACAGGAGGCAAUACGCCAGCGGGAAGAUUUAAUACGCCAACAGGAGGCAAUACGUCAGCUGGAAGAUUUAAUACGCCAGCAGUCAGUUCAGAACCAGGAGGCCCAGCGGAAGAUAAAUGCUGUGGGUGAUGAACAACAUUUGAACUGUGGAACGACUCAUUCAUGUGAAUUAAAAAGAUCUAAACUUAAAGAGCAGCAAAGUGAAAUUGAAGACUUGCAGAGAAGAUUAAAUUAUGAAGAAAUGCAACAUCAAAACACAAGAUCAGCUCUAAAAGAAAAGGAUGUGGAAAUUCAAGACUUACAGGAAAGAAUAGAGGAGAAGGAUGAACAACUUCAACUGAUGAGACUAAGAGCAAUUUAUGCAGAACUUCAAGCCCAGGUCAGCUUGCAGUUUUCACAGAGCCUGUCUGCUGAUUGCACUGCACUUCACCAGAGAACAAUGUCUGACAACAAGAGAUCAGUUGUAAUCUUGGGAAACGGAAAGUCUCUAAAGGAAGCUCUGAUAACUAAUUUCCUGGGGAAAGAUCUGUCUUCACUGACUAAAGGAGAAAUCAAUGGUUCCACAGUUUAUGAAACCAAUGAACUUAAGUUCAUAUGUACGCCAGAUUUUGAAACAUCCCAUUCAAAAAUAAAGGCACUGUUUUCAAAAAAACAAUUAUAUGACAUGUAUUUGGUGGUGGUAGAAAAAGGAUUCUCACUAGAAGGUACCUGGAAACUCAUUGUAGAUCUGAGCAACAUGACUGGAGUAGGAACAGAAAACUUGUUUGUCGUACUUCCACUACAGCAUAAACAGGUACCUGAAUCUCAGUAUGCAUUCAAGUUCUACACCUUCAACCAGUUGCAGUCAAAACUGAGUGAGCUUGAAAAGAAAUCAACAGCAUCAAGUUCUUUGCCGACAGAAGGAAACAAAGGAAGACACCCCGACACUAAAGUGAACCUGGUUCUGCUGGGAAUGACCGGAACAGGGAAGAGUGCAAGUGGAAACACAAUCAUUGGAAAGAAAGUCUUUGAAUCCAGAAUCAGCUCCAUUCCAAUCACCAAAGAGUGUCAGAAGGAAGAAGUUCAGAUAAAUUCUCUCAAUGUCAGAGUUAUUGAUACCCCUGAUAUGUUUGAUGAUGAGAUGGCAAAAUCAGCUAAAGACAAACAUGUAAAAAAGUGCAAAGAACUCUGUGGGUCAGAUCCUUGUGUUUAUCUACUUGUGAUGCAUGUCAGCAGAUUUACAGAUGGUGAGAGAGAAAUCCUGAAAAAAUUAGAGAAGAUGUUUGGGGGAAAUGUUAGUAAGCAAACUGUCCUUCUGUUCACUCGUGGAAAUGACCUGAAGCAGUCUGACAUGAGCUUCAGGGAUUUUCUUCAUGACUGUCAGGAGAAACUGAAAAAAAUAGCUGCAAAAUGUGACAACAGGUGUGUUCUGUUUGAGAACAGCACAUCUGAUCCAGAUCAGGUCGACAAACUCAUGAAGAUGGUCGAUCUAGUUCUAAAAUAGAAGAAAUUAUCUCAAAGUCAACAAUAAAGUCUUGCAAGUUGGUUUCUUUGUGCAAAGUUGCUUUUAAUCAGGAACAUCUUUCAGUGCUUUAUUCAUUUAUCAAUUUAUGAUCAUCUAAUUUUAAUGCUGUUCACCUGUUUUAUUUUCCUUCUUCGUGUGUAAUGAAGUGUGAUUACUUUGUUGUGAUUUCUUAUGUUAUGGCAACAAUAAAGAUCAAUUUAAACCAAA